UCCGGCUGCAGUCGGCAGAAGAGGAGGACUCAGGAGGAGGGCGCUGGGCAUGAGGAGUCGCUGCGGCUGCCCGGGCAGGAGGAAGCAUCCAUAACAUACAUGGUUAUGUUUUUUUCUCCCAACAACCCUGUGAGGUUAUUCAGUGGCCGUUGCACCCUUUUAAGUUGCUGACGCUGUGAAGGAGAGGAGCCAUGGUUUCCAAACGGGCCUUCAUCUGCAGCUUGGGCUCCAUCUACCUGUCCCUCCUCUUCGUCUUUCUGCUCAUGGACGUCUACGCCCGUCCCGCCAACAACUCGGCCUUGAAGGAGAAGGUGGCCGAGAGCAAAGACGAGAACGAGAUCUUGCCCCCAGACCACUUGAAUGGGGUCAAGAUGGAGAUGGACGGUCACCUGAACAAGGAGUUCCAUCAGGAGGUCUUCUUGGGGAAAGAGAUGGAGGAGUUUGACGAGGACUCGGAGCCACGGAGGAACAGGAGGAAACUCAUGGUUAUUUUUUCAAAAGUCGACAUCAACCGGGACAAGAAGGUCAGUGCGAAAGAGAUGCAGCGCUGGAUCAUGGAGAAGACGGAGGAGCACUUCCAGGAGGCCGUGGAGGAGAACAAAAUGCACUUUCGGGCGGUGGACCCUGACGGGGAUGGCCGCGUGUCCUGGGACGAAUAUAAAAUCAAGUUCCUGGCAAGCAAAGGAUUUAACGAGAAGGAGGUGGCCAAAAAGAUCAAGAACAACGAAGAGCUAAAAAUUGACGAGGAGACACUGGAAGUCCUUGAUAACCUGAAAGACCGCUGGUACCAAGCUGACAGUCCUCCCACUGACCUUCUGCUGGACGAGCAAGAAUUUCUGUCCUUCCUUCAUCCAGAGCACAGCCAGGGCAUGCUGAAGUUCAUGGUCAAAGAAAUUGUCCGGGACCUGGAUCAAGACGGCGAUAAGAAGCUGACGCUUUCCGAAUUCAUCUCCCUGCCCGUUGGCACCGUCGAGAACCAGCAAGCUCAGGACAUCGACGACGACUGGGUGAAAGACCGGAAGAAGGAGUUUGAGGAGGUCAUUGACGCGGACCACGACGGCAUCGUCACCAUGGAAGAGUUAGAGGAAUACAUGGACCCCAUGAACGAGUACAACGCUCUGAACGAAGCCAAGCAAAUGAUUGCCGUGGCGGACGAGAACCAGAACCAUCACCUGGAGCUGGAGGAGAUCCUCAAGUACAGCGAGUAUUUCACCGGCAGCAAGCUGAUGGACUAUGCCCGGAACGUCCACGAGGAAUUCUGAGCGCUCCCCGCCGGGCUCACAAUGCACUUUCUUGCUUUCCAAAAAAAAAGAAAGAAAAGAAACUCAAAGAGAGUUACCUUUGCUGCUAUAUCUGUGUUCUGCGUGCGUGUGCGUGCGUGCCGUGGUCUAGACUCUUCCUAUUAUUUUUCAGACAGAAAGCCGUCCGUCUGUUAACAAUCUCGCACACACAUCAUGCUUGCCUUUGGGCGAAGAGGACUCCCGCAAGCCUACGGGGCAGGAUCCGGACACAUUUUCAUUCGCCUGUUUUCCGGCUUCCCCCGACAGAGACCCUGGGCCUCUCCCAAGGCUGCCUGUGAACCUCUCCUGCUUCGCUUGAUUUCUGAAAGCCAUGCUUAACCUCCCAGGAUCAUUGCCCCACAGGUGGGGGUGGGUGGGUUGUGGGGAACGGGGGCAGUAGAUUCAGUAUGGGCGGGUGAUUUUGUAACAGCAUGCCAGGCAAAUCGGCGAUUAUUUGCAAUGCCUCCUUCACAGCCAGCGUCCUGGUUCUACAUAUAAUUUACUUUAUACACUACGGAAUGCAGUGGGGUUGUGGGUUCAUAUUGGAAUACAAUUUAUCUGAAAGUUCA